AUGAUCACAGUCAAUUCCGAUGGAAAAAUAAUGGUCAGAAGAUGUCUGGUCACCUUGAGACCCUUUAGGCUGUUUGUUCUGGGAAUCGGUUUCUUCACACUCUGCUUCCUGAUGACAUCCCUGGGAGGCCAGUUUUCUGCCAGACGCUUGGGAGAUUCACCUUUUACUGUCCACACUGAAGUUAUCGGUGCAUUGGAAUCCCGGGUUGUCCUACGAAAGAUGAGUGACCUACUGGAGUUGAUGGUGAAGCGCAUGGACACAAUGGUGCAUUUGGAGAAUGGCAGUGAAUUGCGCAGGGGUGAUGAAGAACAUGCUGUGGAUAGGUUCCCACCAGGUGCCAAGCUGAUGGAGAAGAUCCAGGCCAUUGCCCAGAAUGUCUCUGACAUCGCCGUGAAGGUGGAUCAAAUCCUGCGCAACAGUGUCCUGCACAGCAAGGUGUCUGAAGGCCAGCGUGAUCAAUGUGAGGUGCCCAAUGACCCCAAAUACCCAGACUGCUCUGGAAAGGUAGAGUGGAUGCACGCUCGAUGGACUUCUGAUCCCUGUUAUGCCUUCUUUGGUGUGGAUGGCACUGAGUGCUCCUUCCUAAUCUACCUCAGUGAAGUAGAGUGGUUCUGUCCCUUAAUGUCUUGGAGGAAUCAAACAGCAGUGUUACCUGCCCCUAAGCCCCUGCCCAAAGUCCAGGCAGCUUUCCGGAGCAAUCUCUCCCACCUCUUGGAGCUGAUUGGAAGUGGGAAGGAGUCACUGAUCUUCAUGAAGAAAAGAAUCAAGCAAUUGGCAGCUCACUGGGCUCUGGCAGCACAACGUCUGGAAGCAAAGCUAAAGGGAUCCAGGAGAGACCAGAAGCAGAUCCUCAUCCAUAUUGGUUUCUUGACAGAGGAAUCUGGGGAUGUGUUCAGCCCAAGGGUACUGAAAGGGGGACCCCUGGGUGAGAUGGUACAGUGGGCAGACAUCCUAGCUGUCCUCUUCGUCCUGGGACAUAACCUGAAGAUCACCGUGUCCUUGAAAGAGUUGCAGAGUAACUUAGGGGUGCCGCCAGGCCGGGGAAGCUGUCCACUCACAGUGCCCCUGCCAUUUGACCUCAUCUAUACUGACUACCACGGCCUGCAACAAAUGAAACAGUACAUGGGACUCUCCUUCAAGAAAUACAGGUGUCGAUUCCGGGUCAUUGACACCUUUGGCACAGAACCUGCAUACAAUCAUGAAGAGUAUGCCACUCUGCACGGUUACCGAACCAACUGGGGUUACUGGAACUUCAACCCAAAGCAGUUCAUGACGAUGUUCCCUCAUACACCGGACAACUCCUUCAUGGGCUUUGUGUCAGAGGAGCUCAACUCAACAGAGAAGCAGCUUAUAAAGAACAACAAAGCCAGCAAUAUGGCUGUGGUAUAUGGCAAAGAAGCCAGCAUCUGGAAGGUGAGAGGCAAGGAGAAGUUUCUGGGCAUCUUGAACAAGUACAUGGAGAUCCAUGGCACUGUGUACUAUGAGACCCAGCGGCCACCAGAGGUCCCUGCCUUUGUGAAGAACCAUGGCCUUCUGCCACAGCAGGAAUUCCAACAGUUGUUGCGAAAAGCCAAGCUCUUCAUAGGGUUUGGCUUCCCCUAUGAGGGCCCUGCUCCUCUAGAGGCUAUUGCCAAUGGCUGCAUCUUCCUGCAGUCUCGCUUCAGUCCACCUCAUAGCUCCCUCAACCAUGAAUUCUUUCGAGGAAAACCCACUUCUCGAGAGGUGUUUUCUCAACACCCCUAUGCUGAGAACUUCAUUGGCAAGCCACACGUAUGGACAGUUGACUACAACAAUUCAGAAGAGUUUGAGGCUGCCAUCAAGGCCAUCAUGAGGAUUCAGGUAGACCCCUAUCUGCCCUACGAAUACACCUGUGAAGGGAUGCUUGAGAGGAUCUAUGCCUACAUCCAGCAUCAGGAUUUCUGUGCAACCACAGAAACCUCCCCACUGGUGGUUCCACCCCAACCUGCUCGAGCGCCCACUGCCCUGGCACCCAAUGCCACACACCUGGUUUGGCCCCACAAUGCCAGCCAGGGCUCGGAAGCCUGGCCUCCCAUGCACUCACUUCAGGGCUGGCUGGCAGAGACCGGGAGGACCUGCACAGAUACCUGCUUGGACAGGGGCCUCAUAUGUGAGCCCUCCUUCUUCCACUUCAUCAACACCCUGGAUGCUUUCCUGAAGUUGAAUGUCAGUUGUGAUCGAACUGAGUCAGAAAUGAAUCAUCUGUACCCGGCCUUUGCCCAGCCAGGUCAAGAGUGCUACCUGCAGAAAGAGCCAAUACUCUAUAGCUGUGCUGGCUCCAACACCAAAUACCGCCGGCUCUGCCCAUGCCGAGACUUCCAGAAGGGACAAGUGGCCCUCUGCCAGGACUGCUUGUGA